AUGAUGAAUAUUUUUUCACGCAAGAAUAAGCUAGAAGAUGAGCUAUUUAACAUGAAGUUUACAGCCAAGACGUUGCUGCGUAAUGCUAGAAAAUGCGAGAAGAAUCAAGUCGUACAAAAGGCAAAUUUGAAAAAGGCCAUUGAGAAGGGAAAUAUGGAAGGGGCUAAGAUUUAUGCGCAGAAUGUGAUUCGUGAAAAGAAUCAGGCGCUGAACUACUUGCAAUUGGCCUCUCGCAUGGAUGCAGUGGCUGCGCGUGUGCAAACGGCUAUUAGCAUGGGCCAGCUCAAGGCCAAUAUGAGUGGCGUAGUCAAGGGCAUGGACACAGUCAUGGAGUCUAUGAACGUAGAGGCGAUCUCGCAGACUAUGGACCAGUUUGAAAAGCACUUUGAGGACAUGGACGUGCGUUCUGCUUACAUGGAAGGCACCAUGAGCAGCGGUACAUCAAUCUCGACACCUGCAGACCAGGUAGACGACCUUAUUCAGAUGGUCGCGGAUGAGAACGGGCUUAAGGUUGCAGGACAGCUGGACUCGGCGGGGCUUGUAGGUACAGAGCUGCCUAUAACGGAAGCAGCACGAGAGAAGAAGUCACAAGAUGAUUUGUCCAUGCGGCUCGCAGCACUACGAAAGUAG